AUGGAGCAAAUUUUCGCUAGCUUCAUGGAUACAAUUUCCCGAGUUUCAUGGGUUUAUGUAUAUAAUCUUUUUUUCUUUGAAAAAUACUUUCCUCAUUCCCGUGAAAGUAGAAAACAUAUCAUUGGAAAUGGAUUCGAACUCAAAGUCAAUGUGUCCAAAGCACGCACUGAAGAUAGGAUCAGUGCAUUGCCAGAUGCAAUCAUUUUCCACAUUCUUUCCUUCCUUCCAACAUCAGAUGCUGUAACGACCUGCUUUUUAUCAAAUCGAUGGAAGAAUAUGUGGACUCUUGUUCCCAAUGUAGAGCUAAUUGUGUUGUCAACUGCAUGGGAUUCAGGUGGUACUGCAGCGUAUGUGGAUCGUUACCUUCUCUUUCGCGGAUCAUCAAACAUUCACAAAUUUCAUCUUUGCUGUGUCGAUCUCGACAGCAUAGUUGGUCGUAUCAAUGGAUGGAUUUGCACUGCCCUUAGGCGUAAUGUUGUUGAGCUCCACCUUGAGUUUGAUGAGAGGGACGAUUCACACGAAUUUCUUGUGUUGCCUCAAGAUCUUUUCGUGUGCAAGACUUUGGAGACUUUGAAGCUGAGUCUGGGAGAACAUGUUACUGCCGUUGCUCCUCCCAAAUCAAACUGUUUCCCAAGGCUCAAGUCCCUCCACAUUACAUUCGAUUUUCCAAAAUAUGUCGAGCAAAUCGAGAAGCUCUUUUCCUGCUGCCCUGCGCUCGAAGAUUUGGUUGUAGAUGGAGAUCUUGGAUGGCUUGAAGAGAAUCAAGUUUCGAAUGUAACGAUCUCCGCACCGAAACUAAAAAGACCAAAAAUAUAUUUGUUUGCUCAUGCUAUGACACUAGGGGAGAACAAGAUUUUUGUUAACGCGGAUGUUCCAAGUCUUGAAGACUUGGAUCUCUCGGAGAACUUCUUGGCGAGCUAUUGUUUGAAGGGUGCAAAAUCCUUGACCAACGCCAAGAUUGAUUUCAGUGUAAUGCGUGAGGAGGAUGAAGGCCACCCUGCUGAUGUCCUUGCUGAUGUUGAUCGUGUGCAGAGGCUUUUUGCAGAAAUCAGCAAUGUUAAACAUCUGUCACUUGUAGUUCCAGUUUUGGGGGAUACUCACAUCGAAUAUCAAUGUUCUUUGCCAACAUUCAAUCAUUUGAACCAGUUGGAGCUAAACCACUUAGCAUGCUGCUCGUGGAAAUCACUGACAAACAUGCUCAAGAUAACGCCCAAUUUGGAAAAUCUUCUCUUUGCAGUUGAGAAGGAGUCAGUAUCGUCUUCGUCGGCACCUAAUAGACAUCCAAUUGCUACUACAAGGUUAGAGGUUGAUAAAUUCAAUGGCUCUGAUAAUUUUGGUAUGUGGCAAUGUAAAGUUAUGUAUGUAUUGUAUCAACAAGAGCUAAAUAUGGUUCUGGAGGAUAAACCCGAAGAUAUUGAUGACAAGCAGUGGAUACGAAUUAAUCUUCAUGUUUGUGCCUCUAUUCGAUCCUUCCUUGAUAAGGAGUUGAAAUACCCAUAUACGAAGGAAACUUCAGCUAAGGAGUUAUGGAAGAAAUUGGAGGAGAAAUAUAUGACCAAGAGCGCAGAAAAUCGACUCUUCUUGAAGAAACGACUCUUCCGACUUCAGUAUCGUCUAGGUAUUUCUAUGCACAAACACCUCAAUGAUUAUAAUAAAAUACUUGCUGAUUUAGCAAACCUUGAUGUGAUAAUUCCUGAUGAGGAUAAGGCACUAUGUUUGUUAAAUUCAUUGCCUGAUGAUUAUGAUCAUUUGACAACUACUUUUGUUGUAUGGAAAAUCCAAGGUGAAACCUGA